AUGACUUCAGCAGUUGUGUACAAAGUCAGGCAUGUCAGGAGACACCAGUACUUCUCAUGGGCGGAGUCUCAGCUCAAGUGGCAGGGGAAAGCAUGGCCGACCCGACGACACACACCAUACACCAAGACUCCCAAAUCAAGACGACUGCAUGGAAAGAGCAGCAAAUUAGAGAGGACACCAGUCCUUCCAGCAGGGGACACCCAUUCCCUGAAGCAGCUGACCAGUAAGACGUGGCAUGUCUACCAAGUCACCCCACUCAACAACUUCCAGCACAGUGCGGCCGCCCUGCGAAAAUACUCCAGGCAUCUCUCCGCUGCCUUGCAAGCAGAGUCUCACAAAGGCAUAGGUGUGGACCUAGAGAGCGAGAUUGGUGACAGAGCCAUCUUCAGCAUCUACAAAGGACUGGCCACUUCCCCAGAUGACCCAGAAGCUGUUGAGUUGACCAUCAAGGCCAAAGGUAGGUCGAGGGUCAGCGCUAGGAUCAUCUGCAAUGCCAUUCUCUGCUCAGUCGGCUCUGAGCAUAGAGAUGAACUGGCUGAGAGGUUGACUAUGCUACCUGUGCUGUUGGUGAAGGGGACGGCAGCCGUCACUAGAUAUGUCAUCUCAUGGCUUCAGGCACAGUUUGAUUGCCAUAUAAGGAAGAUGACCUUUAACCCCAUGGCCCUGGUCUGGAUGGUGUCCAUGUGGGCAGGCAUUUCAACAGGAGAUAAGUCCAAAACAGUAGAACUUCUGUACACCUUGCCAAAAGCAGUAGAAGGUUUAAGUCGCAUCACACUGACGAUAGAUGCUACCGAUGCCAAGACGUUAUGGGACAGCGUACAUGAUGAGGAAUCAGUGGACUUCACUGCCGAUGAGGUGACGGCUUUCAUCAAAGCGUUAGAGGCACACUUCUUCCAUCACUUCAAGAUACACCUUGCUGCACUCACAUUAUCAAGAAUUGGCACUCCUAUUGUUUACAUUGGCUCGGAGGGCAGGCUCAAAAUUCUCUCAGAGAAGGCCAUUCAUGCCGUUCUGCAGCACAUCACGGAGCUGGUGAGGGAUAACUUCUGUAGAGCUUCCUGACGAAGAUGCAUUCUUCUCCCAACAAAAGAGAGAUAAAAAGUGGACUUGCAUAUGUUUUCCAUUCGAGGAGGUUCUGCAUUCAACACCCCUGCGAUACCUUCAAGAUUGCACAAUGUCAACAACAAAGUAAAAUGGGCAUCUUACCAGAAGAGAAGCUGAAAUCUACUUGGAAUGAUGCCCAAAACCAAGUAGGAGGAUUCCCUACCAAAAUGAAAAGAUGAUGUCUGACAUUUUGAGAUCGACCAUUGUUUAUAUGACAAGAAGGAGUUAAAGUUGUACCAAGGAAACUGUGGGUUUUCAUGCCCGAUGUGACUAGGAAUUGUAUCUCUUCUUUUCUAAGCUCAACAGCAUGUGGGAAUAUAAAAAUAAAAAAAUAUCUACAAGUAUAACAAGUUGUCUUGGGGGGGGGGGGGGGCUUACGUGGUUUUUUUUAUAGAAAGUUCAAUGAAAAUAUGUUGAUAAAAGAUCAGUGUUUCCAUCACCUGGUACAUUUCGACACCAUAUGGAGGCGAGUAUAUAUGCGAACAUGUUCAUAAUGUACCUUUUUUUUCAUUUAAUUCAGAAUAAUUUUUGAACAAGCCUUCUGAUACAUUUUAAAACAUGACUAAACAGUUUUGUAAAACACUUUUUUUUGUUAUGCUAUGAUUUUGGAGACCUUUUACUGUGAAUUUGGGUUUUCUAAUUUGCCUGAUGACAACACACAUCAGUGUCCCCCUUUGCGUUUCACCGACCUUGGGCAAUUUUUGAGUGAUAUAUCGUGCUUUGAUCACAUACCAAACGGCAUGGUUUCAUGGAUACUGAUCAAAGAUAUUGAUUUGGGAGACUACCAACAUACAUGUGGAUCAGUCUAUACAUUCAGGGUCCAAAGUGUGACAUUUUUUUCUGUCCCUGUUACCUUGGUACUUCGUAAUUUUCCAUUUAAGUAUCAGUAAGAAUGACUUCAAAUUAGUUGUAUUGUUUGGGUAGGUAGUUUGCUAAUCAUAAUCACUCUUGGAGGAUGACUGCAUUAAGGAGUGCAUCAGAAUUAUAAAAUCAUAGAUGUAACGGACAGGGAAAAAGUGGACCCCAAAUUUAUAAAACGAGCUAUAUAAAUGGCUGGCUAACUGAGUGAAGGUACUAGUGCGGGUAGUCCAAAGGUUGUAGGUUUGAACCCCCUCUACAAUCAAAUCUGUAACUUUUCAGGCAAAUUGAUAUUGGUUAGAGAACGGCAAAUUGAUGGCAGUUGCAGAUGUAAUAACCGUCUUGCCCUCGAGUCACUUGUGCGUAUUCCCUUGUGGAAAAUUCACCAUUUCGUGUGAAAAUGUAAUUAUUAAUACUUGUCAAAAUGUUAGAGGCCUGAUAUAUUUCGUCUUUAGCAAAAACUUCCUCAGAAGUCUUUGCUAAAGACGAAAUAUAUCAGGCCUCUCUAACUUUUUGAUUUGUAUAGGUAAGGUCAAUCCAGUCAGUGAGCAGUUGCAGCAGCUUAAUUAUUUUUCAUAUUAAUACUUGUGAUAUUUCUCCUCUAAAUAUGGAAUAUGGAGGCUCCUUUGCAGUCAGUGAGGUGAUUACAUUAACACUUAAAAUUGGAAUUGCUUUAUAUCUUCUUUCACUACAUGUGUAUGUAUUUUGUAAUGUUUGAUUUUGUAAAUUGAUAAAGCUUUUUUGUAAAAUAAAUUGAAACUCAGUCUGACACGUGAUGUAAUGUGUAUUUA